AUGGCUUCUACCGAUCCAUCCCUUCGCUGGAAGUACCUGUACAACGUCUUGAGCAAGCCCGGCCCCCAAAGCGACGAGGACUGGGUGCCAGGACCUGAGACGAUAAGCGCUCUGGAGAGCUCGAAAGUUCUAGUCAUAGGAGCUGGCGGCCUGGGAUGUGAGAUUCUCAAGAACUUGGCCUUGUCCGGUUUCAAAGACAUCCACGUCAUCGAUAUGGACACCAUUGACAUUUCCAACCUGAACCGACAAUUCCUGUUCCGCCAGUCGGACAUCGGGAAACCGAAGGCGGAGGUUGCCGCAUCCUUUGUAGAGCGCCGGGUCAAAGGUGUCAAGAUCACUCCGUACGUCGGGAAGAUCCAAGACAAAGACGAAGAUUACUACAUGCAAUUUAAGAUCGUCGUGUGCGGUCUUGAUAGUAUCGAGGCCCGACGAUGGAUCAACGCUACGCUGAUCGGGAUGGUUGACCCCGAAGAUCCCGAAAGCUUGAAGCCACUGAUCGACGGUGGUACUGAAGGAUUCAAGGGCCAGGCGCGUGUCAUCUUGCCUACUCUAUCAUCGUGCAUCGAAUGCCAGCUGGACAUGCAUGCGCCUCGACCUGCCGUCCCUCUUUGCACCAUCGCGACCAUCCCACGCCAGCCCCAGCACUGCAUCGAAUGGGCGCACCAGAUCGCCUGGCAGGAGAAGCGCAAAGACGAGCCCUUCGACAGCGACGACAUGGAACAUAUCAGCUGGGUGUACAACGCUGCGCUCGAGCGCGCGAAACAGUUCAACAUCCACGGCGUCACGUUCCAGAUGUCCCAGGGCGUGGUGAAGAACAUUAUCCCCGCAAUCGCGUCAACGAACGCGGUCAUCGCCGCUGCCACGACCUCUGAAGCGUUGAAGAUCGCCACCUCGUGUAACCCCUACCUCGAGAACUACAUGAUGUACGCGGGCGAGGAGGGCGUGUAUACCUAUACCUUCGAGGCAGAGAAGAAGUCGGACUGCCCUGUGUGCGGAAACCUGGCGCGGAAGAUGACGGUUGACCCGGAGAUGACGCUGGAAGCUUUUAUUGAGACUCUGGGUGAGCGACCCGAAGCGCAGCUGAAAAAGCCCAGUAUGAGAACGGAGGAGAGGACCCUGUAUCAGCGCUUCCCUCCCCAGCUGGAGGAACAAACCCGAGCGAAUCUGAAGCGCAAACUCGGAGAGCUGGUCGAGAAUGGGCAGGAGGUCGCAGUGAGCGAUCCGGCAUAUACCAUUGAUUUCCGGUACCGGCUGGAGUUCAGCUAG